UUCUGAAAUUGGAAAUGGCUGGAUCUAUAUCUCCGAUGAAUGGCGGUAGCGGCACACAUAGUUACGCUAGAAACUCCACUUGGCAGAGAAGUGGGGCAGCUGCUGUAGAGGAUGCAUUGAAAGAGGCAGUGAUGGAGAACCUUGAUCUACAAAAGGUGUUGUGUGAUUCCAAAUCCAACACAUUCGUCGUCGCCGACCUCGGGUGUUCGGUGGGGCCCAACUCAUUCCACGCCAUGGAAACCAUCAUCAAAGCCGUGCAACGCAAGUGUGACAAAAUUAGCCUCGAAUUCCAAGUUGCGUUCAACGAUCGAAUAGGCAAUGAUUUCAACACUCUAUUCGCCUCUCUUCCUGAGCAUGGGAGGAGGAACUACUUCGCGAUGGCCGUGGCUGGCUCCUUUUACGGCAACCUAUUCCCUUCCUCUUCCGUCCACAUCGCCUACUCCUCAGCCUCACUCAACUGGCUCUCCAAGGUGCCCGUGGGGUUGACCGCGGAAGGCUCUCCUGCAUGGAAUGCCGCGAAGAUCCACUACAGUGGCGCCCCUGAUGCGGUGGCCAGAGCUUACGAAGAGCAGUUCGAGGAAGACAUGGACAUAUAUUUUAGAUGUAGAGCUCGGGAGAUUGCGGCCGGAGGGCUGAUACUGAUCACCAUGGCCGCUGUUCCUAAUAGAGACGUGCAACAUCGUAUGGCUCACACGCUUACUUUUAUUGAGCCCGUCCUCAUCGACAUGGUCAAAGAGGGAGUAUUAGCGCAAGAGCGAGUGGAUUUGUUCAACAUUCCUAUCAUAUUUCCUUGCAUAGAGGAAAUAAGGAGAUUGGUUGAGAAAAAUAAAUGCUUUGAGAUUGUGAAAAUGGAGAGGUUGGAAGUGGAGGGGGAUGCUAAGAAUGCAGUAAUGCACAUUAGAGCGGCACUGGAAGGGUCUUUGAACAAUCACUUUGGAAAUGAGAUUGUGGAACAAGUUUUUGAGAGAGCCAUCCAACACCAACACAAGCUCCAUUCCGCUCUAAUGAACACAACCUCCACCGGUAUCUUUGCUGUGCUCAGGCGCAAUUAAUGAAAUUAUGCUCGCUUCAAUCUAUCACUUCCUAAGUAUUUUGUUGCAAAUAAAACUUUUUUUUUCUUUAAAAAGGUAUGCAAGAGCUCAAAAAAUGUACUGAUUACAUCGAUAUUUAAAUAUAUAUAAAUGGGUUCCUUAUUUA